CACGGCUGUGAUCACACGCCACAGAGGCGCGCCAAGAGACGGACUGCACAGGCUCCACCACCAGCCACUCUCACGACACACCAAGCCACCACUUGCUGUAGUGCAAUUCUCAGGAUCAGGUUUAGGCAGGCUGUGGACCAGUCUUUGGGGAUACAGUAACUGCUGUGUGAUUGGCGGUUUGUCUGAUACACCAGAGAGAAACAAGAUAAGGAGAAGAACAUACUAGAGGAACCUUGGAUAAUCUGGAGAACGUCCUGCUUUACACAGAGACCAUGAUAAUGCUAACAGAACGCUAAAGGAAACCUAAUGGAAUGCUGAGUGAGGUCAUGUAGCUGCCCUCUGACACCCCUGCAUGUGACUACGCCUUCUGCGACACCUCGGCUUUUCUAAUUGGCUGGUUUGGAGAGCGACGGACCAAUGGAGAAGAGUGCUGAGGAGCUGAACCUCUCGUUCCUGCUGGAGCAUGAGCGAGAGAUGAUCCUCGGAGUCCUGCAGAAGGACGAGACUCUGAGGAAACUAGAGGAGAAGAGGAUACGGAAGCUGAAGAAUGAGCUGGUGGAGAUCAGGCGUAAGGGUUCGCGGCGCCCCCAAGAGGUUGGGGAGCGUCAAUGCGCCCGUUGCCUGAAGGGCCUGGGCCUGAUUUUCGACCGCGGGGAGCUCUGUGAGCAGUGUCUACAGCGUGUCUGCAGCGACUGUCGCGUGAUGGCCCCUAAAGCAAAGCAUUGGAAGUGCUCCAUCUGUGCCAAAGUCUUGGAGCUGAAGGUGGUGACCGGGGAGUGGUUCCUAGAGGAGCGGUCCAAGCGGUUUGACAAGGGGACAGUGCUCAGCAGUGAUGUGGUCAAACAGUCUAUCAUGAGCAGCCCCGCAGGAAGCCCCCACAGGAAGUCCCCAGUGCCAGCUGACUCACCUGAGAGGCCUGACACCCCAAAAUCAGGAAGAAGUGCCGUGAGGAACCUGGUGGAUGGUGCCAAGAGGAAAGGGAAAGGGAUAUUGAUGGAUAAGAAGGGCAGCCGUCCCAGCCUGAAGCCAGAGAACGGGGUGCAGGGUGGGAGUGUGUGUGCUCCUGUCCCCGACACAGACACACACAGCGUACGCAGUGCCCGGUCUGCACCACGCUCCACAACCCGCUCAGCGCCUCACUCACAUAGGGGUAGUGUUGUGGCUCUGGAGUCUUCAGGGAUACGUACUGUACCUAACAACCUGCGCUCCCAAACCCUGGAGAGGGACAGGUCCCCUACACCCAGCAGCAAGAGCAGGAGGGUCAGGCCGGACGGAGCGGAGAGCGUGGCUAGUUUCCGCUCCAGCGACAGCGUGUUUGACAAGAUGUCCGACACCGUCACCGGGCUUGGCUGGACAGGGUCUGAUACCGCCCCACCCACCAUUGCUGUCUCCAGGGCCUCUGUUUCAUCAGAUCGUAGUCGUUCUGAGGUGGACCUGUCUGUUCCUGGUUCUGCCAGUGAUGAGGCCCUCAGCCUGAGGAGCCGCUCCGUUCCUGGGCUCAAUGACACGGAGUUUGAUGAUAAUGAUAAAGAUGAGGACAUCGAUGCUCUGAUGUCGGCACACAGCAAGGCCGCCAGCCGACGCAUGAGCUACGCUGUGUCUACGUCUUCUACUCCCGGCUCAGAGAGAAAAUGGGGCUACCUCAGUGUUCCUGGCGACUCAGACGCAGAAACUAGCAGUCUGAACAGUAUGAUGAGUAUGUACAGUGAGACUGGUGACUAUGGCAACGCCAACGUGAGUGGCGAGCUGCUGUUGAACAUCAGCUACAGCUAUAAGACAGGCGCUCUUAACGUCCUGGUGAAGGAGUGUCGCAACCUGGCCACCGGGGAUGAGAAGAGGCAACGCACAGAUGCCUAUGUGAAGGCCUACCUCCUCCCAGACAAGUCUCGCCAGAGCAAGAGGAAGACCAGCAUCAAGACCAACACAAUCAACCCUGUAUUCAACGAGAACCUUAGGUAUGUGAUCAGCCACUCCCAGUUGGAGACACGAACGCUGCAGCUGUCUGUGUGGCACCAUGACCGCUUCGGACACAACAGCUUCCUGGGGGAGGUGGAGCUGACCUUUGACUCCUGGGAGUUUGACAGCAACACAGAGGAAUGGUACUCUCUGCAGCCCAAGCUGGACAGUAGUAUGGACUCCACGCUCCAGUAUAAAGGGGAGCUGACCGUGGUUCUGAAGUACAUCCCUGCAGAGAAGAACCUCAUGCUACCCCUGGACCAGGUCCAAGUGAAGAAAGGCUUUCUGAAAGGAAAGAAGACCAGCAUCAAGCUGCCUCAAGGAGGUAUGGUGGAACUGCUGGUCAAGGAGGCCAAGAACCUGACCUCGGUCAAGUCUGGAGGCACUUCAGACCCCUUUGUGAAAGGGUACCUGCUCCCUGACAACAGUAAGUCCACCAAGCACAAGACGGUGGUGGUGCGUCGCUCGGUCAACCCCCAGUGGAACCACACCUUCACCUACUGUGGCCUGCAGGCCGGAGACCUGAACAACGUGUGUCUGGAGCUCACCGUCUGGGACAAGGAGGCUCUGGCCAGCAAUGUCUUCCUGGGGGGAGUCCGACUCAACGGAGGGACAGGCCAGAGCUAUGGGAACGAGGUGGACUGGAUGGACUCGUACGGAGAGGAACAGCGGCUAUGGCAACGCAUGAUUGACAACCCGGAGGUCCCCCAGGAGUGUACACUGAUGCUGAGAUCCAGCAUGUGCAAGCACAACACAUGAGAUGGAGGGAGGGAGGGAAAGAAGGACAAAAGAAAAAGGGACAGAGAGAGGUGGCAGAAAAGGGAGAAACAGUGGAUGGAAAGGGGGGGAGAGAAAAAGAGAAGAAAAGAAAGAGAAGGACAUUGGUUGGCAGUGCUCCAUGUCCAAGCUCUAUCCCACAAUACAGAGCUGAUGACAUCACUCCACUUCCUGACCCUUGAACCCUAACCUCUGAGCUACCCUGAUCCUGCACUGGGGUUCAUAGUCCUCUACCUGGUAAAGAGGUCAACCAGUCAUGCCUUACACACAUGGCCAUACCCAGCCAAGACCAAGCACUGCUGCUACUACUACUACUACUACUACUUCUGCUACUACUACUAAUACUACUACUACUACUACUAAUGUACAUUAUGACAUGUACAGGU